AUGUCUCCUCAUAUUUUCUCAAGUGGCCUGCGGGCUUGUACUGAAGAGGAAUGGAUAAAGACUACACUUGUAACGCCUCUCAUUUCUUGUGUUGGCAGAGAAGAGCAGGGCUUGAAAAGGUAUCUGGGAAUCAAGUAUGGCAAGCUGGAGGAUUGGCUUGCGGCGCCUGAGCUUGUUGCUGAGUAUGGGGAGAAAAUGGUUGAUGCUACAGAGUUCGGACCUCGUGCGCCAGCAAUGGACGGUUGCGCAUUCGAGCAGUCAACCCUGAUCCAAUGUACUAUCGGCACUGGCCCUGAGAUUCCCAUGUCCAGCACUGAGUGCCUCAACCUCAACAUUACUGCUCCAUCCCUUCCCAGUGGUAUGAGUAUUGCCAUCCCGGUGAUGGUCUUCGUACAUGGCGGUGGAUUCAUCAUGGGCGCAAACUCCUGGCCGCAGUACGAUCCAGCGCGUCUAGUCAGAAUGAGCGCAAAACUUGGCACCCCAGUUAUCGUCGUCAACGUGAACUACCGUCUAGGUGCCCCAGGAAACCUGACGAGCGAGGAAUUGAGGAAAGCUGGAUACCCUGGGAACAACAGUUUGAGGGAUCAAAGAUGUGCGUUGCAGUGGGUUAGAAAGCACAUCGGUGCAUUCGGAGGUGACGCGGAUAACGUUACCUUGUUUGGUGAGAGCGCUGGUGCUGUCUCGGUGUUGCAUCAAUUGAGUUCCAAAGAGCCAUUGUUCAGACGUGCGAUAAGCAUGUCGGGAACACCGAUCAUGCUCAAGCCACUAUCAGCGUCUGUAGCUGAGAGAUCAUAUAACGCCAUCGUGCAAACACUAGGCCUCACGCACGUUUCGACCCAGGAACGUAUCAAUAGUCUUAUUGCCAUGAGUCCGGAGGAACUUGUUGAAAAGACUCCAAUGGAUAUGCCACUUCUACCUUACAUCGAUGGCGAUAUUCUCUCAGGAGCAGCCACAUUCGCGCAACUUUCGACCGAUACGCUCCAGAGUCUGAACAAUAGCUGGUGCGAAGAGUUGCUGAUAGGAUCAUGUGCUCAUGAUGGCAAUGUCUUCUUCUUCAUGGGCCUUCCGAAUGAUGGGAUAGCGUCGACGAUCCAUUCAUCCUUCUCUCGCAAUCUUCCUACAUCUGUCACCCAAGCCGUCUUAUCAGCAUAUGGCGUUACACCUUCAACCCCUGACGAUGAGGCUAUGUCCUCCAUCGUCAAUUUAGCGACAGACAUUGCGUACCGUCUCCCUGCAAAGUACUACGCUCGCGCAUUCAAAGGGAAGGUUUCCUCCUACUUCUUCACCGAGCCAAAUCCUUGGCAAGGCAGGUUCGAGGGCAAAAGUACGCAUAUGUUGGAUGCGGCGUUCUUGUUCCAGAACUUCGAAGAAAACCUUCCUGUUGAGGCGAAGAAGACGGCUCGAAGAUUAGCUGAGGACUUCAUAACUUUUGUGCAUGGACAGGCUGGUAGUGCAUGGGCAGAAGGAAGGACCAAGGUUUAUGGGCCAGAAAUUGAGGAAGGAAAUAAACUGGAAAAUAUCGAUCUAGAUUGUCUGAGCGCGGCGUGGGACAUGUUCGUUUCCGGUAAGUAG